AUGACACCACACGAUUCAUAUCCUCACCGUUCCGCUCGGAGACGACCGUCGUUGCUUCUACGCGCUCGUCCAAAAACAGCAGGCCCAGGUGAAAUGCCUGGUGCAGACGUUCCUUGGGUGAGCCCCGGUCCUUGGGCCUUCAAUGCGUCCUGUAACAACGGCGACGACAGCCAAAUCAGCCUUUGUCAACAGGUCCAUGAGCCCACCGAUGUGUUUGAAGAGAUAUCUGUAUUCCCUGAACCGCCACCUCGUCAUCGCUCAGCAAAGAGCUUCUCGAGCAUUCGUCAUGGUGUUGACGGUCUACGUGCGCUCGGCCGACGUCUCUCCGUGACGAUUCGAGGAAAAGGCCCGAAACACAAUCUACAUGUGCCAUCUGAAAGCGACCGAUACAUAGAUGGAGAAAAACAUUCAGGCGCCGUCCCUGAGGGGAGGCACCGCAAUGCUUGGUUCAAGGGACAUAGUAUCAAUCGCCGGCCGUCGCUCCACAGUGUUUCUGCCUUACACUCGUUCUAUGCGCCAACUGCAAAUGUUGCAAAUUUCAUUCCUGGUAUGGGUUUUGAGCCCCCCGUCUUUUCUAAUGAUCUGUCCAGUGGUGCUGCGGCUCGGGCUGCCGCCGCCGCCCAAAAUGAGAUGGCUAAACGGAGUAUCUCUCUGGGAGAUUCGAAGAUUUUCGACUCGGAAAGUGGAAUUGGAAUCGAUUUGCGCGACCGGUCCGACCUGUCAGAUUGCGAAACAGUUGUUGUACGAUUAGAUCCUGUGGCAUACCUACCCGCUGAGCUCAUUUCUCAUAUAUUUUCAUUCUUGAGUCCUGCAUCGUUAGUGCAGUUGGAAGCUGUUUCAAAGUCUUGGAAUAAGGCCGCUUCGUCGCAUCAUGUGUGGCGGAAUGUUUUCCGUCAGACGUAUGGCUACAAAUUGUCUGAAUCAUCAUCUCCUGCCGCGAGAAAGACUCCGUCAGCAGGUUUAGGCAAGAUCCUACCUAAUCAAGAUUGGAAGAAAAUGGCUAUGGUUCGAAAGUCAUUAGAUCAGCGAUGGAAAAGCGGCAAGGCGGCAGCCAUCUAUCUCAAAGGUCAUACCGACACUGUAUAUUGCGUUCAAUUUGAUGAGCAUAAGAUUAUCACUGGCUCUCGGGAUCGCACCAUUCGUAUUUGGGAUGCUCAUUACCCAUGGUCAUGUCUCAAAGUGAUCGGGGCGCCUGCCACCCAACAGCGCCAGUCGGCCACAAAUAACACAGACCAGCAGCCUUCUGCCAACCCGCCGUUUCUUUCUAUUUGCGCACCAAGUCAACAGUGGGCAGAUGUGGUUGACCAGUCAAUUGCGUUAUCUGAUUGCCACAACGCCUCAAUUUUGUGCCUUCAGUAUGACGACGAGAUCAUGGUCACUGGGUCCUCCGAUUUCACUUGCAUUAUCUGGGAUGUCAAAAACGACUACAAACCAAUCCGGCGAUUGGUUGGCCAUAGGUCAGGAGUUCUAGACUGCUGCUUCGAUGAUCGAUAUAUCAUCUCAUGUUCUAAGGACACGACAAUAUGCGUUUGGGAUCGGGGAACAGGCAAGUUGGUUAAAAAAUUGCUAGGCCAUCGUGGGCCAGUCAAUGCGAUCCAAUUGCGCGGCGAUCUUCUGGUCUCAGCUAGUGGAGAUGGUGUAGCCAAGUUAUGGAAUAUUUCAUCUGGUCUGUGUGUCAAAGAAUUCUCCAGCAAGGACCAUGGGCUCGCCUGUGUUGAAUUCACCGAAGACGGCCGAACCAUUCUGGCUGGUGGUAAUGAUAAGGUGAUCUAUCAAUACGAUGCCAACAGCGGCGACAUGGUUGGAGAAGUCGACGGCCAUAAUGGGCUAGUCCGGUCUUUGCAUCUGGAUAGUUUGAACAACCGCCUUAUCAGCGGUAGCUACGACUUUAGUGUCAAGGUCUUCGAUGCUACUACCGGAAAGCUAUCUAUUGAUUUCCCUGGGUGGACCACCAGCUGGAUCUUGAGUGCCAAGUCAGAUUACCGUCGCAUUGUGGCUACGAGUCAAGAUUCAAGUGUGGUUAUUAUGGAUUUUGGAUAUGGAUUGGACGGUAUAGAGUUGCUGGAAGAAUAGGAUAGAUCUCGCUUGUUUUCACUUCUUCUUUUUUAGAUUCCCCUUGAAUGUGCUUUCAUUCUCAGUUCUGAUUUUGCCACUUCUUCUUCUUUAUCUUCUUCUUACAUUGGCGAGUUAUCCAGACUGUUCAUAUAUUUUGUUUUGCUUCAUUGACAUAUAUUCACUUUCUGCCUGCCUGCCACCAGGAUUGGGCCACCCUGGGACUAUAUUAUUCUGCUUUUAUUAUUCUAUCUCGCUUUAUUUCCUCUUCUGUCUUCUCACCUUUCAGUUCUCAUAGAACAUGCGUUCUUCUCAAAAGUUGUCUAUAGACAUGGCAUGCGAUAGAGUCGCUACAUAUACAUAUACAUGUUCUUUGUUCUUUU